CAUGACAUAGUUUGACAUUUUGUUAUGGCCUUCAACUUUGGUUGAUUUCUGUUUUAUAAAAGUUUAUUUUGUAUUCAAUUUACACCCAAUCGAUGUAAUGAAUGCAUUCAUAAUUAUUACAAUGGUUUCUAAUACUCUAGCUCAUUACAUACCAAAUUCAGAUUCACCUAAUGUCGGCACCGUCCUUUUCACACCGUCAGAUUUAAAGAAACGACACUGGAGUAAAACAAGUAUAGCAUUACUACAAGCCCGCAAGUACUUGCAGAACAUUAUACCAUCCCCACAGUUAACAGGCAGCAUAAAUGAAGAGUAUAUAACCAAUUUACUGAAUUACUUCGAAAACUCCUACAAGACAGUCAAACGUGAAACCAAAUAUCCAUCCUUACGUAACGUGAUGGAUGUAGCGCUAUCAGAUGCUCUAGGAGGAUACCUCAAAAUAUGGGUUUUACCCAUUACUAAAUACGCCUAUUAUGGAGGCACUGUGUCUUUAGACAGCUCUCUCAAAAUCUUUGAGGCGUAUGAAGAUAUCAAAAGAAGUUUAAAAACGGACGGGCGUGGGUGGCGCAGCCCAAAUAAAAAUUUAUUAAACUCCGUUGCAAUAAAUAUAAUUUCUCUACCCUCUUCCUCCACCAGAAGCAAGGACAAGCCGUGCGAACAGUUAGCGUACUACGAAAAAACUGAUGCAGGUAUAAAAAUUCCAAUGCCUUAUAUAAAUUGGGACAUAGAUCCACCUACUAUGUUUCUACCACUAGUAAACCAAUCAAUUAUUUCACUGUCUUCGCCAAGUUCUUCAUCAUCACUAUUGAAAUAUUAUACUGUUGCUGACAAGUGUACAAAAACUGAAUCUCCCAAAGUAGAUGAUUUUUAUAAGCGAUUUCAGAAGUGGCUUUCGGAUGAGGUGGCUCCACAUUUGAAUGAUGAUAAGUUGUACGCAGGUUUUGGAAGCAUCCUCAGUCUGAUGAAUUCAACAAAACAACUUUGCAGUGAACAAAUAGAUAAUUUAAAAGAACAUUUACUGCGAGACUCUAUGACACUUACUUGGAAAAAGUUCCUCAUUAUAGCUUUAAUAUUAAUCAUAGAGCUAGUUUGGUGUAUUCCCACCAUAAUAUAUACAAUGUGUUUAAGAAAGAGGAAAAUGGAAAAAAAUAAAAACAAUCAAAUCCACAGAUUACAUAAAUCAAUAGAAAGUAUGAGCAAAGGUAAUCCUAAUAAAAUGGACAGACAAGAACUAAAUAUUAACCACAGACGUAAAAACAAAAUCAUAACUCCUAAGCAACCAAAACAUGGGCUUAAGCUUUUCGUCCAACCAAAAACAACGAAUUUAGAAGUGGACGUUCAAUUCCCUUCUAAUUAUUCCAAGCUUAUACAAUUAACCAAAUCCAGCAAGCACAGAUCGUUUGAAAGUAAUUUCUCACAUUAUGAUCUUAUGACUUUAGUCAAUGAAGAUCCAAAUACUCCAAUUUUGAACACAACUAGUAAUUUGAUAGUAAAUUCUAAUACAAAUAACGAAUGGAGAAAGACCAAAAGUGAAGUAAUAACAAAUGUUGAAGAAAUACACGACUUAAAACUGGCCAAAACCUUCACACUUGUACAGAACAGUGAAAAGACUAUCAAAGAAAUUACAUACUCUCAAGAAAAUAUAGGAUUACUAGAUAAAAACAAAUCAAAUAUUAAAUGUGACCCUAUCCAGAAUUAUCAAAAGAUAACCAAGGAUUGUCUUAAUGUAGCUUGCAUAAAGGAUAUUCAAAAUGAAGAAAAAUGUAAAGUCACCCAAAACGAACCCAGAGCAAAACGUGGAAAACUGAAAGAAAAGAAAACUCCAAGUAAAACUGUUAUAUUUUCGCAGACAGAUACAAUAUCCGAAAAGCAGAAAGGAACCAUGGUAGAGACCAAUAAAAUUAGAGUCAAUAGUAAGAAAGAAUGUGAACUUAGAACUUCCGAUCAGCCCACGCUAAGAAUACUGAUAGAAAGGCCGCAGAAUUCAAUAAAAGUGGGAAUUACUAGCUUUAAAGGAACCACAACAAAACCAAGUAAGAUACCAAAAGCCGUUGCAUCAGGCAAAGAUCCUAACAACUCUGUAAGAAAAACUACCGAGUCAAGUACUGUAAUUAAUAAUAAUUCAAAAUUUAAUAAGAAAAUAAUACAUACCAGAGAGUAUAUUAUAAGGGGUAAAGCAUUAGAUGAUAGUGCCAUUAAACAAACCACGAUCGUGGAUAAGAAAUUAAACUUGACUCUAUAAAUUCAACUUCUUGAGAAUCGUGAAUUUGUUACGUGUAAGUUUACAGUAGUUCAGUGAUUUAUUAAUGAAUAUUGUACUUUGAUAUGUAAAUAUAUUAAUGAAUAUA